AUGGAAACCUUUAUUCGUUUGGCAGAAUCUGUAAUCGAAUUUGAACCAGAUUACAAUAGCACACCAGCCACAGAGCAAAACAAACACGGCCUUGCAAUACAGCAAGACGAACUAAAGGCUUUGUGGGAAAAGACCAAAGUAGCUUAUGACGCGAUCAUAAAUAAAGAAGGAAUUUCUAAAGAUGACAUUAAAGCAAUUAAACGGAAACAUAAGGGCUCGUUUUCCAGCUAUGUCAAAUGCAUGUCGGUAAUGGCUAGUCAGUCUGAGACGCUUGUAAAUGCAGAGAAGGAUGUACAAGAUCAGUCGGUUCGUGAACACAAUAUUCACCUUCCUCCGUGUGACACAGAUGUGUUCAAGGGCGACUAUCUGUCAUGGCCAUCGUUCCGUGACAUGUUCACAGCCAUAUACAUCCUAAACAAGCGGCUCACCCCUGUUGAGAAACUAUUUCACCUGAAUCAGAAGACUCAAGGGGAAGCCAAAGACAUAGUAAGAAAAUGUCCACUCACCAAUGAAGGUUUUCAAGCGGCCUGGAAUAACCUGUGUGAGAGAUAUGAAAAUAAGCGUAUCCUCAUAAAUACGCAACUAAAAAUUCUUUUCAACCUAAUUUCCAUAGAUAAUGAGUGUGGUAGCUCACUGAAGAAGUUGCAGCGGGAUAUAAAUAAUUGUUUAUCAGCGCUCAAGAGCCAUAAUAUUGACAUCUCGAAUUGGGAUGCAAUUAUUGUAUAUCUAUGCUCAACUAAACUUCCCGACUGUACGCUGGCUCUAUGGGAACAAACCAUAGAUCACAAGAAAGAUUUACCAAAGUGGGAAGACAUGGACAAGUUCCUAUCGAAUAGGUUUCAAACCUUGGAAACCAUGUCAGGCAUAAAGGGCACAAAGUCUGUAAAAGCGUCAAAGCCGCAAAACACCAGACAUCCCUCAGAAGCCCCCACAAAAAGACUUGGCGCGUUCCAAACAAGCGUAACCAAGUACACAUGUAAAAUGUGCCAAACAAAUGAGCACAAAUUCCGCCGCUGUUCCCAUUUCCUAAAGCUAACGCCAACUGAAAGGAUAGAGUUUUUAAAGAGCAACAAUGCUUGCCUGAAUUGUCUGAGUUCUGGACAUACUGUGUCAAGAUGCACAAGCCCUUUCAAUUGCGGCACGUGUCACUCGCGACAUCAUACGCUCCUGCACACCCAGACAAUUCCGCCAAAGGCAACACCGCCUCAAACGCCACCGAGAUCUGCCAAAGAUGUUGCCUCAACCUCGCAACAAGCUGCAGCAAGGCGUAACUUCAAUAAAACUAACUCCGGUAAAAGCAAAAACGUUAAGACUAAUUAUGCAAAUAUGAACUCAGGUGUACUUUUAGGAACGGCUCGUGUAAAUAUACGUCUCAAUGGUACAGAUUUUUCAGCACGAGCACUCAUUGAUUCUGGUUCGGAGUGUUCCUUUAUAACAGAACGACUCAAACGCAGAAUCAACCUGCCAUCUAAGAAGAUGUAUGCCAAAGUUUCAGGCAUAACGAAUUCAACUUCUGCUCAGGUCAAGGAGGCAUGCAACAUAGAACUACGGUCCCCUGUUGACCCACUGUUUAGUCUACAUGCAACAGUGCUCGUGCUGACAAAAUUAACUGGAAAUCUUCCAUCCUGCCAUAUCAGCGCUAUGACUAUGCAGGCAUUUCCAGAUCUGAUUUUAGCAGAUAAAAGGUUCUACGUUAACGAAGAAGUAGACCUAGUACUUGGCGGAGACAUUUAUCCCCAAAUUAUUUUGUGCGGCUUGAAGAAAAAUGUUCUCAGUACACUUCUUGCCCAAGAAACCGUGUUCGGUUGGAUUUUAACCGGUCGCACAGAAGCACCAAAUCCAACAAACAACAUAGUUUCUUAUCAUAGCGAAGUUGCCUUGGAUCAACAACUAACAGCUUUCUGGGAACUAGAAGAUAUACCGAAAAACAAAAAUUUAAACGAAGACGACAAGUAUUGUGAAGAGCUUUAUCGGAAAACGACUGAGAGAAACCCAGAUGAAAAAUAUGUAGUCUCGCUACCAUUUAGGCAGGAAUUUCCAGCAAACAUUUGCCUAGGCCCCUCUCUUAAAAAAGCAUGCUCUCAGUUCUUCCGGAAUGAGACACGGCUUACAAAGGAUCCCGUCCUGCAAAAGGAGUAUAAUAGGGUACUAACAGAAUAUGAAUCACUGGGACACAUGUCCAGGAUAAAUGGUAGCAUUUCAGCAGACUCUUCCGAUAAUUACUUUCUACCCCAUCACGCUGUGAUAAAGGCGGAAAGCACCUCUACAAAAGCUCGGCUCGUCUUUAAUGCCUCAAGCCAGACGGCUAAUGGUACAAGUUUAAAUGACGUACUUUACCCAGGUCCAGUACUCCAAGCAGAUCUUCCAAUAUUAAUACUCCGCUGGAGAUUAUAUCGGUACGUUUUUAAUAGCGACAUCGAGAAGAUGUACCGCCAAAUUUGGGUGAAUAACAACCAUACCAAAUACCAGCGAAUAGUUUAUCGUACAAACCCGAACGAACCUGUAAGUCUAUAUGAAUUAAAGACUGUCACUUUCGGGAUUAAUAGCGCACCUUACCUCGCGAUAAGGACACUUCUGCAAUUAGCCGACGAUGUAGAGAAUUCUUUCCGAAUAGCAUCUAACAUACUACGAAAGUGCAUGUAUGUGGAUGACGUGUUAGCUGGAGGACAUAGCGUCGACUCUACCAUUAAAGCAAGAGAUGAAAUCUCAGAAGUGUUACGAUCAGCUGGUUUUCCACUACGGAAAUGGACCUCAAAUUGUCAGGAAACUCUUAAGGGCAUCCCAAAAAUGGACCUUCUUAGCGAAGAUUUCUUAGCAUUCGAAGACACCAGCACGGUUAAGGCUCUGGGCAUAAGGUGGAAUGCCCAUACGGAUUUAUUUUAUUUUAUGGUCAGACCAUUGGAGGAGCAGGACACUAUUACGAAAAGGGCGAUGCUGUCAGCGAUUGCCAAGCUUUUCGAUCCACUGGGAUGGCUCGCACCAAUAGUCAUCGUAGCCAAAAUACUCAUGCAAAGUAUUUGGCUAGAAGGCACAGACUGGGAUGAGACUGUGUCUGAUACUAUUUUAGAACGUUGGCAGCAUUUUAUGAGACAUUACCACGAAAUAGAUAAUAUCAGAAUAUCUCGAUGGUUAUACUUCUCACCUGGAGACACCAUAGAGAUACAUGGUUUCUGCGACGCAUCAGAAAAAGCAUAUGCGGCUACGGCAUAUAUGCGUGUCAAAAGAGAUGACAAAAUUUUGGUCAAUCUACUUUUGGCAAAAACCAGAGUAGCUCUCGUCAAAACUAUAUCGCUACCACGACUGGAGCUUUGCGGAGCAGUACUGCUCGCAGAAAUCAUAGAAUCUAUAAUCAACAACCUCAACCUAGGACCAGUGAAGACACAUCUAUGGACGGACUCGACCAUCGUACUCGCAUGGAUACGAAAGCCGCCUUGUUCUUGGUCAACCUUCGUCGCCCACCGAAUUACGAAAAUCGUAGAAAAAGUAGGGGAGAAGGACUGGCUACACGUAGACUCGGCCUAA